GAUGAAAGUAACAGAAGCAUACUGUAGGGCUUUAAUACAGAGGUUUGAACCUGACCUAGAGCAACUACCAGGUUACAUGUCCAUCAGUGGAUUCCGAGAGUUGUUGUUAUCACCUACCCAGGAUAUCUUUAAUUAUGAACACAGAACUGUCCAUCAGGACAUGACUCAGCCACUGUCACACUACUAUAUAUCUUCUUCUCAUAACACGUACUUAACCCAGGGACAGCUCAUGGGUGAAAGUAGUAUUGAAGGAUACAUCAGAGCUCUUCUUAGGGGGUGUCGUUGUCUUGAAUUGGAUGCAUGGGAUGGACCUGAUGACGAACCUGUGAUAUACCAUGGUUAUACAUUUACUACCAAGAUUCUCUUCAGGGAUGUGAUAAUGGCUAUAAAGACAAAUGCCUUCAAAUCAUCCCAGUAUCCAGUUAUUUUAUCGAUAGAAAAUCACUGUAGUGUUGAACAACAGAAUAAAAUGGCUAAACACUUAGUUAACAUUCUUGGAGACUAUCUGUACUGUACCCCAGUGGGAGAGGAUGAAAGUGUACUUCCGUCUCCACAUUCAUUGGCCAGAAAAAUCUUGAUAAAGGAGGAAUCUCCGUCAAAGGGAAGGAAAUUUACAAAGGAAAAUCCUGAAGCUUCAGAAGAGCAGUUAGAAGAAGAGGAGAAGAGAGAAGAAGAGUUAAUGGAAAACAAAACAUUAUGUGUGUAUGCUAGUGAAAGUACUAAUCGGCUCAGUUUAGUUCAAAAGAGCAAUUCAUUCAAACUAGACAAGGACUUUUCUGACCUAGUUACUUAUGUUAAAGCUGUGAGAUUUUGUGGAUUUGAAAAAGCCAAGUGUUGGAAGUUUUAUGAAAUGGCCUCUUUGAGCGAGACCCAGGCACAGUAUCAGAUCAACAGUGCUGAGAAGAAGUUUGUGGAACACACCACAAAAUAUUUAUCAAGAAUCUACCCCAAGGGAUUACGGACAGGAUCAAGUAAUUUCAGUCCUCUGCCUUUCUGGAAUGUAGGAUGUCAACUAGUUGCCCUCAACUACCAGACAUUUGACAAAUAUCUAUACUUGUAUGAAGCUAAGUUUGCUUUGAAUGGAAAUUGUGGAUAUGUAUUGAAGCCCCACUUUCUAAGAGAUGGAAGUUUUGAUCCCUCUAACCUAGUGGAAAAUCGGUAUAAGAAAACCUUGACAGUAAUGGUUAUAAGCGGUCAGCAUAUUCCCAAGCCUGGAGAAGCUACGGUUGGAGAGAUAGUUGACCCUUACGUUAGUAUUAAAGUAUGUGGACAUCCUGUAGACAGCAAUAAAAAGAAGACAAGUGUUGUGAAGAACAAUGGUUUCUUUCCUGUUUGGAAUGAAACACUUACUUUUGAUGUCCAAAUGCCAGAUCUUGCUGUUGUUGUAUUCACUGUUAAAGAUGAGUCUAUAACUGGUCGAAACUUCAGGUUAGGACGUUAUGCACUUCCUUUUAACUCAAUCACUGAAGGUUAUCGUCACAUUCACCUGGUUGAUGAUUAUCACUCAGUGAUUGUCUCAGCAACCCUCUUCGUCCAUGUGACGAUAGAAUAGAAGUGAACAUGAUUCACAAAAUGACAGUUGACUGUUCCACGGGGUUGUUGUCACCCAGCCAUUGACAUUCUUCACCUAGUUAGAACAUCACCCUCAUAUUUCACGUUGUGUUUCGUGAAUGUAAAAGAAGGUUAGCUUGUGUUUUCUAAGUGUACAGAAAGUUUUACCUUGGUUCACAUACAAAUGAGAAACUUAGUAAGAAAUAAAAGUUUUAUAAUUAAGACUUUUUAUAAUACAUUUUAUUUUUAAAUUUUCUGAUUAAGUUUGAUACUGGGAAAAAGUCAUUCACAUUAAAAAAAAAGGUACUUUAAAUAUGAAUGGAUUUCAAAAAACGAUUGAAUAUUAGUUUUGUUAAAAUGUCACAUUUUGUUUAAAAACUAGUGGAACAAACUGCUGUGCCAAAAUACAUUUGUGUUACUAACGGCAACUGUCCUACUGCGUAGGUUAUUUCCUGCUUUAUUGUUUGACUAUAAAGUUAACAUUAGAAGUUUUGCAGUUUACAACUAAGUUGUUCAGUAGAGUAGUCCAUUCAAAGUCUUUUUAAUCUUUACUAUAAUAGAUAUAGAUGUAUGUCAGUAUCUAUGUAUGUAACCAAAAUUCCUGCACUAUCUAUUGAAUGGCACCACAAACAAAAAUCAAUAAAAAAUUUCAUACUU